ACUUUUUUAUAUACCAGCAAACGAUGUACUAAUGGGAGGGGAGGAGAUGGAAGCGAAAUGACUGGCUCUUUGAAGGCGCUUAAACAGACGUAAACACCAGAGAAAUCCCAUUUUAAACUGACAGCACAUUUGCGUGAACUUGCGUCGGGAUGGGAGCCACGCUUAUCGUACGCACUUUAGGCUUUCUCUUCUGCGGCACCUUGCUGAGUUUCGUCUAUGGUCUGGUCGAUGCUGAUGAUGUCCUCACAAAGGAGGAGCAAAUCUAUCUUCUGUUCAACGCAAAACGAAAAUGUGAGCGAGCAAUCAAGUCAAAGCAUAAAACGUCUGAGGGAUCCUGUCUGCCAGAGUGGGAUGGCAUCCUAUGUUGGCCCGAGGGAGUUCCUGGAAAGAUGGUGUCCACUUCAUGCCCAGAGUACAUAUAUGACUUCAACCACAAAGGUCAUGCCUACCGCCGCUGCGACCUGAACGGGACCUGGGAACUGGCCUCACAUAACAACAAAACCUGGGCUAAUUACAGCGAAUGUGCCAAAUUCUUCCCCCAUUAUAACCAGAACCAGGAGAGGGAGGUUUUCGACAGACUUUACCUGAUCUACACAGUGGGCUACUCCAUCUCUUUGGGAUCACUUAUGGUGGCCACAGUCAUCCUCGGAUACUUUCGACGGCUCCACUGCACCAGGAACUACAUCCACAUGCACCUGUUUCUAUCGUUCAUGUUGAGGGCCAUUAGUAUCUUCGUGAAGGAUGUGGUGCUGUACUCUGGUUCGGCGCUGCAGGAAAUGGAACGAAUCACUGUGGAGGAUCUCAAAUCCAUCACUGAAGCCCCUCCUGCCAACAAAACCCAGUUUAUCGGCUGUAAGGUGGCGGUGACGCUCUUCUUGUACUUCUUGGCCACUAAUUAUUACUGGAUUCUGGUGGAAGGCCUGUACCUGCACAGCCUUAUCUUCAUGACCUUCUUCUCAGACAGGAAGUACCUCUGGGGCUUCACUCUGAUUGGUUGGGGUGUUCCUGCGAUGUUUGUCACCAUCUGGGCGAGUGUUAGAGCCACACUUGCUGACACUGAGUGCUGGGAUUUGAGUGCAGGAAACCUGAAAUGGAUUGUGCAGAUCCCCAUUCUCACUGCAAUUGUUGUCAAUUUUUUGUUGUUCCUGAAUAUAAUUCGAGUCUUGGCAACAAAACUUCGAGAAACAAAUGCGGGCAGAUGUGACACCAGACAACAAUAUAGGAAGCUGCUGAAGUCGACUCUGGUCCUCAUGCCGUUGUUCGGUGUUCACUACAUAGUCUUCAUGGCGAUGCCUUACACAGAAGUUUCUGGAGUACUGUGGCAAAUCCAGAUGCAUUAUGAAAUGCUCUUUAACUCAGUCCAGGGAUUCUUUGUUGCGAUUAUAUAUUGCUUCUGCAACGGAGAGGUCCAAGCGGAAAUCAAGAAGGCCUGGAACAGAAGGACUCUUGCUCUGGACUUCAAGAGAAAAGCCAGGAGCGGCAGUAACACAUACAGCUAUGGACCCAUGGUUUCUCACACCAGUGUUACCAAUGUGACGGCGCGGGGGCCGCUGGCCCUUCACCUCACCAACCGACUGGGGCACGUCACCACUAACGGCCACAGGAACCUUCCGGGAUACAUAAAAAACGGCUCCGUUUCAGAAAACUCCAUCCCGUCCUCGGGUCACGAGCUUCACAUUCAGGAGGAAGAGCCUUCGAAGACCUUCCAGAUGGAGAAAACCAUCCAGGUGGUGGAGGAGGAAAGAGAAACCGUCAUGUGACUUUACUGACGGACAAAUGCUAGAUAUAUUGAAGGAUUCAAGAGUCCUUCGCUUCUCAGGAUUUCCUUACAAUUGCUGUUGUUGGAGACACAGAGAAAGACCGGAGAAAUGAGCCACGAGUCUGGAAGCUACUGCAGCAUCUUCACCAGCAGCAUUUGGUAAAGGAGAACAGACUUUGCUUUGGAUUUUUUUAAAUAUUAGAUAUUCGCACUGUAGACAAGCAACUGCAGUGCUUUCAGGUCGUCAUAUCACCUCCAUACAUGAAGAACGGUGAGUUUGCAUCAGGAUCACGUCAUAUAAAGCAUUGUGGGACCGUGAAUUGUACAUAAAGAAGACACUCGUGUUAUUUUUAAA